CAUUGUCUUAGUCUUAGAAAGAAAGAACUGAUCUUUCCAUGGCUGACCACCACUACCAUCAUAAAAAUCAUGACCAAAAUGGUCUAAAACAAACCGAAGUUGUUGUAGUAAUGGUCCCUCUUCCAGCACAGGGCCAUCUCAACCAGCUCCUCCAACUCUCCCGACUCAUCUCCUCCUAUGACAUACCAGUCCACUAUGUCUGCACCUCCACCCACAUCCGCCAAGCCAAGCUUCGCGUCCAUGGUUGGAACCCUCUCGACAUCCCCAACAUCCAUUUCCAUGAGUUGUCAACCCCUGCUUUUAUAUCUCCUCCUCCCAACCCCGAUGCCUCCAUUCAAUUUCCCUCCCAUCUCCAACCAUUAUUUGAAGCCUUAACACAGCUUCGCCAACCCACUGCCGCCAUUUUUCGCGCACUCUCAUCCACUGCAAAACGAGUUAUCAUUAUUCAUGACUCCAUGAUGUCUUCUGUUGUUCAGGAUGUCACUUGUAUCCCAAACGCUGAGUCCUACAUGUUCCAUAGUGUUUCGGCUUUCGCUACUUUCUUCUACUUGUGGGAAAUAUUGGGAAAACCCUUCCCACUUGAUGCCAAAAUAGUCGAAGACCUUCCUUCCUUGGAAGGAUGUUUCACUCCAGAGUUCAUAGAACUUAUUGACACGCAAACUAAUUACUUAAACUUUAGUUCUGGUUAUCUAUUCAACACGUGUAAGGCAAUAGAAGGUGUUUUUCUUGAUUUUCUUGCAAGAGAAGAGAUUACAGCCAAAAGCGUAAAGCAAUGGGCUAUUGGACCAUUCAAUCCGGUGGAAGUAUCUGAUGAAACUCAACGCCACAAAUGCUUGGAAUGGCUGGACAAACAGGCCCCAAACUCAGUGAUAUUUGUGUCCUUUGGGACGUCAACUUCAUUGAGAGAUGAACAAAUCAAAGAGCUCGCGCUUGGACUGGAACGAAGUGAGCAGAAGUUCAUUUGGGUAUUGAGAGAUGCAGAUAAAGGAGAUGUGUUUGUGGGAGAAACAAGAAGAGCACAACUGCCAAAAGGGUUUGAAGAAAGAGUGGAAGGAAAGGGAAUGGUGGUGAGAGAUUGGGCACCUCAAUUGCAAAUUCUCGGACACAAAUCAACAGGAGGAUUCAUGAGUCACUGUGGUUGGAAUUCAUGCAUGGAGAGCAUUAGUAUGGGAGUGCCAAUUGCGGCAUGGCCUGUGCAUUCAGACCAGCCGAGGAACACUAUGCUCAUAACAAAGUUGCUCAAGGUUGGCCUAGUGGUCAAGGAUUGGGCACGUCGUGAUGAGUUGGUAAGCUCAUCAAUGGUUGAAACAGCUGUGAAAAGUUUGAUGGUGUCAAAGGAAGGAGAUGACUUGAGGAAGAGAGUGGUGGAAAUGAGUGGCGCUGUCAAGCGGUCGGUGCAGGAAGGCGGUGUGUCACGCAUGGAGUUGGAUUCUUUUGUUGCGCAUAUCACCAGAUGAUAGAUAGGUUUGUUAAUAUGUGUAGAAAUUUUGGAUUGCACCUAAAACUUAGUUGAUGUUGGUGUAGUCCACAGUUCAAGUGUUAAUAAAGUCAUCCAAGAUUUUCUUUUCUGUUCGUGUUCCAUCAUGUAAAUUCACAAU